UGCGCAUUACAGGUGAAGGUUGAUUCAAUAUUUUGGAAUUUAAAUUCAGUUUUAAAUCGGACUUUAGGACUUAUUUACACAUAUUUGUCGUACAAUUUGGAAUUCACCAAAUAUGCACACAUCCUCGGCACAAUUGUGUGUCUGGACUACUGUCAAAAUGGAUAUAACUGAAAUGGGAAUACAUGUAAGUCAUAACUGACUGACUGAAGAAAUAUAACUACAGACACUACAUAAAGUAGAUACACAGACCCACAAAGAUGGAGUUUUACAAACUCCUGCAGUCAAAAGAGAGUGUGUUUGAUGCUACAAUCGCCAAGAUGACCUCACAGAAACUGAUAGAGGUCAUAUCUGGUCUACAGCAGGAGAUGGCUGAUGAGCAGAAACAUUUCAACAAUCUCUCCAAUGAUCUUGCCGCAGUAGACUCAAACUCCAGCCGUCAUGCUGAGAUUUCUACAGAAUUGAUGGCCUCACAGGGUCGUCUUGCUAUGCUGAUGGGGCGUAAUAUGAAGUGUUUUACACAGCAAACAUCUAUACAGAACCAGGAACUGCUGUCAAGCUUAUCCACCCCCAAGGAGGAGCCGUCGCCCCACCCCCACAUCUCUCACACUACCCCCAAGAGCUUCCAUUUUGAUGAGGACAUACCUGAUAGCAUUAAGAAACAACGGGAUUCAGGCAUGGCUAAUGUAUCUGAAAUGAAAACUAUUCCAAAGUUAGAGCCUGCAAAGGAGCCCAAAUCAGACUUGCCAGAAAGGGAAAUAGUGCCUAAAAGCAUUUUAAAAAGUAGUGCAGUACCCAAAAAAGGAAUACUUAAGACAUCUGGUGCUAUAAACAAUAGUGAUGUCUCAAAAACUGAUACAAAUCAUGAUGUGCAAGCAAUAAAUAAUGAUGAUACUUCACAAGGAAUAGGGGAUAAAACCAAUAAAACAUUAGUUCCAUCUGAUGUGGAUACAGCACCACCACAUGUUAAAAAUACUUCUGUGACAUCACAACAUAAAGACAAUGAAACAGCCAAGCCUGAGCCAGCUCCAGUGGUAUAUCACAGCCUUAGAGACAGAUAUAAGAAUCGUGCAAGUAAUGUACCCCAGUAUGAGCCACCAGCUGACAUCUUGCCAACCAGUCAUGCCCCUGCAAUACAACA